CGAAUGCCUAAAAACCGCUUGGGCGGUUUUGAAAACCCUUAACGCAAGCGUUGAACUGAUCGUGACCACAUCCACACAAUCAACACGGACACUGAUGAACGCUGUUUUGUGUACAAGUUAUAAAGUGUGCCGCUUCCUUCCCCGCCUUCAACGUCUUUUACCCCUGAGAACAAUGUCUUCCAACCAUUGCCAACCCAUAGUGGUCAGUGGCCCUUCAGGAAGUGGGAAGAGUACACUCCUCAAUCAACUAUUUACAGAAUUCCCGGACAGUUUCGCCUUUAGUGUAUCACACACAACACGAAAGCCACGCCCAGGAGAGGUGGAAGGAAAAGACUAUCACUAUGUAGCGCUAGAACUCUUUGAAGAAAUGAUUGGGAAGGGUGAUUUCUUGGAGCAUGCUCAGUUCUCAGGAAACAGAUACGGAACAAGUAAGCAGUCAGUUAGAGACAUUGAGAAGACAGGAAGGAUUUGUAUACUAGAUGUGGAAAUCAACGGCGUAAAGAGUAUCAAGAACACAGAUCUGAACCCAAGAUAUGUUUUUCUAAAGCCGCCUAGUAUGGAAGUCCUGGUAAAAUAUUCAUCCAAAACUUUCAAAAUAUUCUUGAAAUCAAAAUGUUGAUAAG